AUGAGCGCACAAAUAGUCUCUGAUGGAAAGAAUGCUACUAGCACAGUCUCUCCAGUCGCAGAAAUUGACCUGAAAGAAGAGAGGUCUUUGGUAUGGCGCCUGGAUAUUUUCUUCUUGACGAUUGGCUUUCUAGGCUAUGCAUUCAAAUACCUAGAUCAAACCAACAUUAGCAAUGCCUAUGUUUCCGGAAUGGAAACUGAUUUGGAACUUUAUGGAAAUGAGCUGAAUUACUUUACCACUUUCUUCAACAUUGGUUACAUGAUCAUGCUAUAUCCCUCAUGCAUCAUAAUUUCCCACAUCGGACCGUCAGUUUGGCUACCCACCUGCGAGGUCUAUGGCCUUCGCUUCCUUAUCGGCUUUUUCGAAGGCGCAACUUGGCCAGGUUAUUUUACCAUCAUCAGCCAAUGGUACUUGCCUCAUGAAAUGGCUCUCCGAAUGAGUAUUUACAAUAUUGCACAACCCGUUGGGGCUAUGUUAUCUGGCGCGAUGCAAGGUGCACUUUCAACUAAUCUGGAAGGUGCCCUUGGUCGAAGCGGCUGGCGAUGGGCAUUUAUCAUCAAUGGGGUUUGCACUAUAUUCAUCGCCUUACUAGCUUUCACGCUUUUACCAGGCUUUCCGGAUCGCCCAAACCCCCUUGCCAAGUUUUAUCUCAGGCCUCGAGAUAUUGCCAUCGCUGAAGAGCGAACUCGCAGAAUAGGCCGUGACCCGCAGGUUGGGAUCAACAUCAAAACAUUCCUGCGCUGCUUCAAAUUUUGGCAUGUCUGGUUGUUUUCAAUUGCCUGGGCUAUCGGAACCAAUACUACGCCUUCAAAUUAUUUCAACCUUUGGCUCAAGUCCCUCAAAAAUCCCGAUGGGAGCUUGAAAUACUCGGUUGGUAUGCUCAAUUAUCUACCAAUUGCAGGCCAAGCACUCCAACUAGUUGCGGAGCUCUUGUUUAGCGGCUUCAGUGAUUAUCUUGGUACUCGGUUGCCAUUUUUGCUUCUUCACUCAGUGAUUAAUAUCACCUCACUGAUUAUUUUGAUAAUACGACCUGAAAGUGAGAGUGCCUACAUGGCUGGCUGGUAUAUGAACUAUGUUGGAGCGGUAUCGACUAUGCUUCUUUGCGCUUGGGCAUCUGCACAUCUCGAGAAAGAACCUCAAGUUCGAACGGUUCUGUUCGCGACUGGAACUCUGUUCUCAUACUUGUUUAGUGCAUUCCUACCUAUUGCCGCAUAUCCCGCCGCGCAGGCACCCCAUUGGCAUAUUGGUGCAAAGCUCUAUCUUGGUCUUUCUGUCUUCGAUGCUGCACUUUUUGUUAGUAUCUUUUUCGCCUUCAAAUGGCAAGCGAGACGCGACAAGAGAAAGGAGAGGGCUGAGCAAGGUGAUUCGUCCGACCUCUGA